GCCUUGUUGGAAGGUGGUUUCUGGAGGAAGCGCUGUGACGGUAGACAAGCUAGCAGAGAAGAAACGCUGAGUGGAGAAACCAAAAGACACCGGGACGACUCACACGAAUGGUAUUUUGUCUCCUGCCAUCACAUGAUGUCAGUCUCUGAGGACCUUGCAGACAUGGAUGGAGCAGACCUGUUAGGGCUGCUGUUCCACAAUGGAGAGGAUGGAUCUACUGAGCCUCUGUUUCCUGAUGAGACUGGGCUCAUUGAAUCCUGGCUGUCUGAGCAAGAUAUGCUGACCGGAAUGGAUACUGAAGACUUUCUCUCCAGCUUGUUAGAGGGAGAGGACGUUGCAACUUUCCGUCCCUCUCCUUCUCCUCUGGGCAGCGACAGCGGCAUUUCUGAUGACUGCAGCACCGGGGUUGGCAACAACAACCUCCUGGGAUGUCCGAGUCCCCACGGCAGCGAUAGUGACGUUGUGCCCAGUCCUAGCUACUCCCAGCCCAGCCCCGUGCACUCAGACCCUGCCCUGGCACCUGGAGAGCUGCAGACAGAGAGCCUGGAGGUCUUAACAGUCCAGGCGGAUCACAGCUACUCUAUGCUGCAGAGUGGAGACGGGGACAUGGAUGUCCUGCAGAGUGUGAGGGCAGAGAAGCCAGAUACAGAUGUCUUCAUUGAUCUGGACGACUUGGUGAGUGAGGCAAUGGUGGAGGACAUGACAGAUGAGCUGCCCUGCACUUUGUCCAUAGAAGACUCACAGGAUUCAAUUGAAGACAACCAAACAGACCAGUUCCAGUUUAAAGAGAUUGUGCUCACAGAGGAGGAGAAGCGGCUUUUGGGGAAAGAGGGAGUAACUAUUCCCACUCAUAUGCCUCUCACCAAGGCGGAGGAAAGGACCUUGAAAAGGGUCAGGAGGAAGAUCCGCAACAAGCAGUCUGCUCAGGAGAGCCGCAAGAAGAAGAAGGUGUACGUUGAUGGACUGGAAAACAGGGUUGCCAUCUGUACUGCACACAACCUGGAGCUACAGAAGAAAGUUCAGAUGCUUCAGAAACAGAACAUCUCCUUGAUUGAGCAGCUGAGGAAGCUGCAGUCUAUGGUGAAGAUGUCGACUAUGAAGGCCAGCACGACCAGCACUUGUGUUAUGGUGUUCCUGCUGUCUUUCUGUCUCAUCAUCUUCCCGUCAGUUAAUCCGUUUGGUGGGAACAGAGAACAAAAGGAACUCUACACACCCUCCUCCAUCAUUUCCCGGACCUUGCGCUCACUGCCAGCAGAAAGCACAGAUGCCAUAUCCUACCUCGAGCCUGAAGAUGAGGAGCUUCUCUUAGUGCCACAAGCGGAGGUGGAGAACACGAAAGCCAUAUUCGCCGGCGGUCAAAUGAACCACACUCCCGACUACCAGAGGGUGGAGCAGUCUGACUCGGAAACAGGAGUCAACAGCAACUCUUCGGCAGACUUCCCCAGUCCCGCUCAGGCUGCAGAGAUGAAGCAGGGGCCUGCUGCCGGAGUCGGGGCAUUACAGGAAGCUUCUAUUGAUGCGGCAGUGGUGUUGGAGGUCACAGGAUCCAAGGAAAAUUGGAUAGACCGAAAUCCCCCAUCUGUCAUAUUACAACAGCAUCGCUCAGAUGAGAUGUAGUAGGGAGACGAUGAUCAAUAUAACCAGCAGAGGGAGCCAUAUUCCUAAUGUUUUAUCAGAGCUUAAAUUUACAAAGGAUGAAGGGAACAUACCAGUAAUUAUCAACAUAUAGGAUCCGUCUAUCUGUCCCUACUUUUCCCCUUUUACAGCCUUCUGGUGUACUACUGUUGUUACUUUAUUUGCACUUUGUUCUGACUCCCUUGUUCCAGUUGGCAAAAUUAACUGGAGAGAGAUUUUCACAUUUCAGCAGUGUAAACUCCUUAAAGAAUGGGACAUUGCAGCGAUAAGCUUCAUGCUUGCACUGUUGGAGACCACAUAACAUUUAUCUAGCACUGAGGGCUCUCAUUCUGCUGCACAAAGUGGUGCUAAAGAUCAAAACUUGUAAAUUGUCUGCACCACCACAAGAAACUUUUUAUGAACUGGCAGUAGAUUACUUCAAGAAGUAUUCUGUGACGGCAUUAUUAUUUAUCACCAAAUUCAAGUGGGAGCUUUGUUUGACUCUAGUCUGUCUGAUCACCUCCAGCAGAUCUAAAUGUUAACGUAUGCUGCUCUCCCAUAGUAAAUUAUUGUGGAAAAAAAGUCACUGCAGAAACAUCCAUUGCAUAGUAGUAUUCUAGACUGCUUGAUUCUCAUAAAGCUCGAUCAAAGUGGUUGUUGGACCACCGUAAUGCUUAAGCCAUUGCAGGACAUUUGGCCAUUUAGAAGACUUGUAAAGUUUGUUAGUAUUUCCCUUGUAACAAGGGUAUCCAUGCUUCUUUUCAAUUUUGGAAUGCUUUGUUUUUAUGUUGUACAGUAAAGCAAGAAAUAAUGUCUGCAAAAUAUAUACAACACUGAACCCUUGACUUUGUCAUUUGUAGCCAAUCCCAGUCGACCCCUGCCAUCUCCGUUUUUUUUUUCAACUUCAUGGGACAGUUUUUACCUUUCUAAACAUACCAUUGCACCUGUGUGCACAGAAUAAGGGGAUUGAUAUAAUUGCUCAGUAAACCGUGUUGCAGUAAAAUAUACUCAAAAAUGUAAUGACCUGUUUUGUCAGUGAGGCAUUUUUGUCAUUUUUUUGUGUAUUUCUCAUGUUAAUGUCAGUAAUACAUGGAAUCUAAAUGGUAUUGGAAUUGCUUUUUGUUAUAAACUACAGUCAAUGAGAUUUUAAAUGUUGAUCAUGUUGAACAAAUGCACUGACAUUUGACAUAGUCCAAGAAUGAAAUGUAAAUACGCUUAAAUGAUUGUAGCUCUUCUGUACAUUUGAACUCUUUAUGUUUAAGACAUGUCUGGACAUCUAUAAUAAUAAACUUUUUAUAUAUCAAAAUUA